AUGCCGGCUCCCGGGCCUUCUGCCAAGCCGGCCGCCGCCGACGGCACUUUUACUUGCGGCGAGCUGGAGGCGCAGGGCCUGCCCGUGGGCGAGGGCAUCCCCACCCAAGCCGACCUCUUCGCCGGCUUGCACUGCCAGCCCGGCUUCGUCUGCUCGCGCAAGGAGCUGGCGCAGGACAUCAAGGCCCUUUAUGCUUCGGGCCUGUUUGAGCGCGUGAAUGCCCGAGUGGUGCCCCUCAAGAAGAACAAGUUCAAGGUCGUCUUUGACUUUGCGGAAAAGUUCUACCCCCCCAUGCGUAACUUUGAGGUCGAGGGCGCCAGAGUGCUGCCUCGCAAGGUGCUGGCCGAUCUGAAGAAGAAGCUGGCAGCCCUGCCCAACGAGACCCCCUUCACGAUGCGCACCAUGGCCCUGAUCAAGACGAGCAUCGAGGGGUGGUACCAAUCGCGCGGCUACGGCCUGUGCUACAUCUCCCACUUCUCGGGCAUGGGCACCGGGUCCAUCACCGCCCACGUGAUUGAGGGCCGGGCCAACAAGAUCAACGUGGUCUGGAUGAAUGACGAGGGGCAGCCUGAGAAGACGCCCGGCAAGGUGGACGCCAAGUUCAUCCUCAAGCACUGCCCCGUGGAGAGGGGCCGCCUGUACAACCUGGCCGACGGGCGGAAGACGCUGCAGAACGUGUUUGCACUGGACCUGUUUGACAACGUGCAGAUCCUGCCCCGCCAGAACGAGCGCAACCCGGGGCAGGUGGAGGUGGACGUCAUGGUCAAGGAGAAGCCUAUGCAGACGGCGGAUGUGGAGGCGGAGUGGGGCCUGGCAGCGGACGAGAAGAACAGGCCGACGCUGGUGUCCCUCGUCCCGGGCGGCACCAUCACGUACGAGAACCGCAACCUGGGCGGCCGCGCCGCGACGGUGGCCGCCUCCAUCAACACCAAGUCCUUCCUGGCGCCCUCCGACGACAUCUCCUACCGCCUGAUGUACCAGAAGCCCUUCAUCUGGGGUCUGUCGGACGAGAACCGCACCAAGCUGCAGGCAACCGUGUUCAACGCGCGCAAGCUCUGCGGCGUCUUCACCCCAGGCCCCGACGGGGAGGAGGUCCCGCCCGUGUGGGUGGACCGCGCCGGCGCGCGUGUGCAGCUGACGCAGCAGUUCACGCGGGGCUCGCGCGGUUCGCUGGGCCUGGUGGCCCAGGAGGUGGGCACCCGCGACGAGACGGGCGCGCCCUGCGCACGCGGCGGCCGAGUGUCGCCCAUGGGCGCCGUGGUGGCCGACGGCCCGCCCACCACGCUGGGGGCCGCCGGGCGCGACCGCCUGGCGUAUGCCCAGGCCGCGCUGGUGCGGGACACCACCUACCUGCGCGACGGCGCCACGCUGGGGGCGCGCGACGUGCUGACCGUGGACCAGGGCCUGGGCAUCGGCACGGGGUUCCCCUUCUUCAACCGCGCCACCGCUGCCUGCACGCGCUUCCUGGGCCUGACCCGGCCCUGGCCGCGAGCUCGCCUGGGGCCCGCCUCCCUCGUGCUGCACGGGCGCGCCGGCGCGGCGCUGGGCGACCUCCCCGCCUACGACGCCUUCCUGUUGGGCGGCCCCUACUCCGUGCGCGGGUACAACGUGGGCGAGCUGGCGGCGUGCCGCCGCUUCGCCGAGGCCGCCGCGGAGCUGCGCUUGCCCGUGCUGGGGCGCACGCUCUACGCCUUUGCCGAGGCCGGCUCCGACCUGGGCUCCUCCAAGGAGGUGCGCGGCAACCCCAGCGCCUACUUCCGCCGCGCGGGGCGCGGCUCUUCCCUGGGGGGCGGGGUCAAGCUGGGCGCGCUGCGCGUAGAGGGCGUGCGCGACAACAACGCGGGGAGGUGGCACGUCCUGCUGCACUACGGCGAGCGCUUCUGA